AUGGUGAACUUUGCGACAAAUUCUUCAAGAUCCGUCGACCCUGUGUUGCCAGAGCCAGGUGAAGCCUCUCUUGCAGUGGAGUUGCCAGAAGAAGGCACCACAGCCAGCAGCACACAGGGGGAAGCAGUUCCCUUCACAUCAAAGCAUCAGACAGCCAUCACAGAAUACGUUCCCAAAAGGAUGGGACAGAUUCAAAAGAAGAAGGUGGAUAGCAAAUUAAUGGGUCUGUUCACAAAAGACUAUCAACCUUUCUCUAUUGUAAAUGACUCAGGAUUUCGUAGUUUUGUACAUGCACUGAAUCCCGCUUAUGAAAUACCGAGUAGAAGGACUGUAACAAAUGUAAUGUUGCCAGCAGCAUAUGCAGAAGCAAAUGAGAAAGUACAACAAAAGCUGCAAGGCAUAAAGACAAUCUGUCUAACAACAGAUUGCUGGACAUCAGCUUCUAAUGAAAGUUACAUAGCUGUGACUGGACAUUUCAUAAAUGAACAAUUCAGAUUACAGUCUGUACUGCUGGAAUGCAGUCAUUUCAGUGGUGCCCAUACCAGCUCAAAUUUGUCCACAGCUUUGAUUAAAAUUACAGACAAAUUUAGUCUUGGUGGCAAAAUUUUAAUGGUGGUCAUGGACAAUGCACCAAAUAUAAAAAAUGCUAUUUCCACCAUUCUCAAGUGGAAACAUUUUGGUUGUUAUGCUCACACUCUUAAUUUAGUUGUGCAGGAUGCACUUAAAAAUGUUCAGGAAGUUCACCAGAAAGUCAAGACAAUUGUAGGUUUUUUUAAAAGGAGCAGCAGUGCAACAGAGCGGCUCUUAACAUGUCAACAGAACAGUGGCAAAGUAAACAUCAAGAAAUUGAUCCAGGACUUGCCCACAAGGUGGAAUUCAACCCUGUUCAUGUUGGAACGUAUUGUCGAAUUGUCAGAGGCAGUGAAAAUUACAGUUGCCCUUUGUAACAGGCCCACAGAUCUUCCGUCACUGUCAAAUGAUGAGUGGGAAAUCUGCUCCGAACUCUGUUCGAUUUUGAAACCGUUUGAGCAGGUUUCGAGGCAGCUCAGUGCAGAGGAGUACCCAACUGGCAGCUUGGUUAUAGUCCUGACACGUGGACUUCUGGCAGUAUGUGACGAAAUAGCCAAAAUGCAGUUACAUGAAGUUUCAAUGAAAGUUGUUGAGGCACUAAAAGGAGGGCUUACAAACCGGUUUUCGAAUCUUGAGCAGAGCAGGUCCAUUGCCCUUGCUACUCUGCUGGAUCCACGUUUCAAAUUGCUGGCAUUUCAGAACCAGGCAGCAGCAGACAACACGAAGAAACAGUUAAUUAAUAUUGUUGCCCAGAAACUGGAAAAAUGUAGGCCCAUAGGUAUUCAGCCUUCACAAUCUGUUGAGCCAAAUAAUUUGGCAACUGAGUCCUUGUCUGUGUGGGGCAUAUUUGAUAAGUUAGUGAAACAUGCACAGCCACAGGGCACAGUACAGUCAUGUGCUAUUGUAGAGGUUCAAAGGUACAUUGACAGCUCAGUCAUCAGUAGAAAUGAGGAUCCUCUGGCAUGGUGGAGACAAAAUCAGUACAUAUACCCAAACAUUGCAAAAGUAGUGAAAGAGAGGUUUAAUGUUGUAGCAACUUCUGUGCCUUGUGAGAGGGUCUUCUCAAAAACAGGACAUUUAAUAAAUGACAGAAGAACCCGCCUCAAGCCAUCGAAUAUAGAAAAACUAAUAUUUCUGAAUGCCAAUGGUACCUGUGAUUAGUGCUGAAAAUUCUGGAACCGUGUGAGGUUUCCUUCCAUGGAGGUAACUAGGCACUUUCAACACAAGCAAACAAGACCACACAACUGUAUGAUGCCUAGCAAAAUGUAAAAUAUGUAACUGGGCACAUUCAACACAAGCAAACAAGACCACACAACUGUAUGAUGCCUAACAAAAUGUAAAAUAUAUACCUUUCACUUCCUGCAAGUAUUUCACUGUGGCAUAAAUAAAGGUGACAGAGGAACAGGUCAUACUGGGAGCAGUAGGUCUGUGACUUGGAUGGAGCACAGUUACUGAUUUGAUGCCAUUAAGGCACAAGGCUUUUUAAUGAUUAAAAUGGUGAGUGAAUGUAAGUACUGGAAGUGUUAUUUCUGUAUACUAAAACCUGCUGCUUUAAGUUAUGUUUCAGAAAUAUCUUGAGCACCUCGACUUGAAAAAUAACAGGAAUACCAUCUAGAAUAUUACAAGUGAGGACAGUCAGUCAAUGAUAAUCCAUGAGCUUAGGCUGAAGGAAAAAAAUUCUAUACAUGUAAUAAAAGUUGAUUGUAAUGUGUGAUGUUGUAGACAUACAAUAAUCUGUUUUGUGUUAUCUUUUACAUAAUGAAUUUGGUGACAACAUGUGGAUCAAAACUGGAAUGAGCAAAGAAUACCAACCAAAUUUAAAACCCAAAAACCAGAAAGAGCCACGACCAGCGGUGGAACACACGCAAGUUUGAAAAAUUUGUUCUACAUGCACACUAAUAGUGAUUCUUUUCUUUUUGUUGUUGUUGAUUGUAGAUGUACAUAUAUGUCCCUGUCUCCUGCUAAAAAUGAACCAUCCUAACUAGCAAAUUUUACUUUGUUAUUUAGAACUUUUUUAAUUGCAUUAAUUACGAGCCACCUGCACUUUGAGAGGACUAAAACUGUUGAGAUUUUAUGAUUCAUUCAAUAACAAGAUUAAUAUGUGGGGUAUGUGA